UCAUGUGUCACACUUCUUUUCGCCUACAACAAGACGACUCCCCGAGCGCGCGCAUCAUCCGCUCGCUCGUCACUGUACGUGACGUCACACCAGCAUGGCGGUCAAGAUACAAUCCACCAAACGAGCGGACCCAAGUGAGCUCAAGGCAAUCUUCCAGAAAUAUGCCAGCGUAGCAGACAAGGAUGGCGAGAAGUUAAUGACCCCAGGAGACUUUGUCCAGAAGUACCUGGGACUGCACACGCAAAUCCACCACAACCCCAAAACUGUCCAACUCAUCGCUGGAGUGGCAGACACCACUAAAGACGGACUGAUCUCAUUCCAGGAGUUCCUAGCAUUCGAGUCGGUGCUGUGUGUCCCAGACGCCCUCUUCAUAGUUGCUUUCCAGCUGUUUGACAAGACAGGAACAGGAGACAUUUCCUUUGAGAAUGUGCGAGAUAUCUUCGGCCAGACCACGGUGCACCACCACAUUCCCUUCAACUGGGACUGUGAGUUCAUCCGCCUGCACUUCGGCCACGACCGCAAGAAGCGCCUCAGCUACCUGGAGUUCACCCAGUUCCUACAGGAGCUGCAGCUGGAGCAUGCCCGCCAGGCCUUUGCCCAGAAGGACAAUGGCAAGAGCGGCGCCAUUUCCGCCAUGGACUUCAGUGACAUCAUGGCCACCAUCCGGCACCACAUGCUCACGCCAUUUGUGGAGGAGAACCUGGUUUCGGCUGCAGGGGGCAACACCUCGCACAUGGUCAGCUUCUCCUACUUCAACGCCUUCAACUCCCUCCUCAACAACAUGGAGUUGAUCCGCAAGAUCUACAGCACACUGGCCGGCACGCGCAAGGACACGCUGGUCACCAAAGAGGAGUUUGUCCACGCCGCCAACAGGUUUGGCCAGGUCACUCCGAUGGAGAUUGACAUCCUGUACCAACUCUCCGGGCUUCACUCCGCCUCUGGGCGUCUGAACCUGGCCGACAUCGAGAGGAUAGCCCCCUUAGAGGAAGGCUCUCUGCCCUACCACCUGGUGGAGGCCCAGAAACAGGCCCAGGGGGACACAUCGAGGCCGGUGUAUCUCCAAGCAGCGGAGUCUGCCUACAGGUUCUCCCUUGGCGCCAUCGCUGGAGCCACGGGGGCCACGGCGGUGUACCCCAUCGACCUGGUGAAGACCCGCAUGCAGAACCAGAGGUCCACGGGCUCCUUCGUGGGAGAGCUCAUGUACAAGAACAGCUUCGACUGCGCCAAGAAGGUGCUGCGCUACGAGGGCGUCUUCGGCUUCUACAGAGGUCUGGUCCCCCAGCUCAUAGGCGUGGCUCCGGAGAAGGCCAUCAAACUCACGGUCAAUGACUUUGUGAGAGACAAGUUCACCACCAAAGACGGCUCCAUUCCUCUCAUCGCAGAGGUUAUGUCGGGAGCGUGUGCCGGGGGCUCCCAGGUCAUCUUCACCAACCCUCUGGAGAUCGUCAAGAUCCGCCUGCAGGUGGCCGGAGAGAUCACCACCGGCCCCAGGGUCAGCGCCCUGAACGUGGUCCGCGACCUGGGCUUCUUCGGCCUCUACAAGGGAGCCAAAGCGUGUUUCCUGAGGGACAUCCCCUUCUCAGCCAUAUAUUUCCCGGUGUACGCCCACGUCAAGGCAGAGUUUGCUGAUGAGCAAGGCAGGCUGGGAGCACUGCAGCUGCUCACCGCCGGCGCCAUUGCAGGUAUUCCCGCCGCCUCGCUGGUGACCCCCGCGGACGUCAUCAAGACGCGGCUGCAGGUGGCGGCGAGGGCGGGCCAGACCAGCUACACGGGCGUCAUCGACUGCUUCAGGAAGAUCAUGCAGGAGGAGGGGUUCAGAGCCCUGUGGAAGGGAGCCGGAGCGCGUGUGUGCCGGUCCUCCCCUCAGUUCGGUGUGACUCUGUUGACCUAUGAGCUCCUGCAGAGGUGGUUCUAUGUGGACUUUGGCGGACAUCGUCCUGCCGGCUCCGAGCCCACCCCCAAGUCCCGCAUCUCGGAGCUGCCCCCCAUCCACGCCGAGCACGUGGGCGGCUACCGUCUGGCGGCCGCCACCUUCGCCGGCGUGGAGAACAAGUUCGGCCUCCACCUGCCCAAGUUCAAGUCCUCGGGCGUGGUCAGCAUACACCAGGCGGAGCCCGCCAAGACGCCGGCCCCCUAGAGCGGGCCCCUGCAGAUCACCGUCUCUCGCCUCCUCCCCCACCACCACCACCAUUACUACUACUGGGAGAGAGGGACACAUGCAUACACACCUACACAUACACAUACACACAUACGCACAAACACACAUUGUAAAGCACUCCACAUGAGGAGCCAUGAAACGGAAGAACAAAGAUACUGGGCGGGGGUGAAGGAGCAGCAGAGGAGCUGCCCCGAGGCGCGUCUUCAGUGGCUGCAUGCGUCUUCUAAUGCUCUCCAAUUAUGUGUACCCUCCCCCCCCCAUUCCCGAGCAUUUGUAAAAAAAAAAAAUACAUGAACGAAAACAUUUAAACUCCAGAGAGACAAACCUUAGCAGAGCAUUUGGCACUAUUUGUUUUCUGUCGCUCGCUCAUGAUUAGCUUAUAUAUAUAUAUUUGAUUUAUUUUCUGUCUGAUGCACAGUGUGAGUAGGACUUCUCUGAUUGGACAGUGAGCAUGGAGGGGGAGGGGCUUCUUAGAGCAGGGUGUGUUGAGAGUUGGUCUUGAUUGCCCGCGCAGUGACUGUACAUAUUGUAGAUCUGUACAGAGAUGCCACAGUGACGGAUGAAUAACAGUAAACAGAUUCUUGACGGAUUGUUUGCUUUGCCUUGGCUUUUAAGAAAAAAAAAGGGCGUAUGUGAUGGGGUUUAGGUGAUUUGGCUUCACAGUACUGGGAUGCUAUGGAAGAGAUGUUUGACCUUUGAUCUCUGAGAAUCACUCUUACUGAUGUACAGAUAUUUUUCAUUCAGUGUUUUCUUGAUAAACAAAAAAAUAAUCACCAUUCGGUAAAAUAUCUAAUAAUACCUUUAAUGUAUAUCAAUGCAUUCAUUGUACUGUAUUUUAUGGAAAUAAAUCGUCCAUAUUAAUUUUA